GGAUGCCAACCGCCUAGAAACCCCACUGAAGAAGAAGCUAGCUAUAAGUAUUUUUUAAGCAUCUCCUCCGUUUAUGACAUCUACUUUGUUUUGACAUUUCUUUGUAAAAAUAUAUAUCCAAACAAUGUCUUCCUCUGAUGUUGCUCGGCAGCUGGGAGCACAUCCCCUCUCUCUAUCUGGCCAUGUUGGGUUUGACAGCCUUCCAGACCAGCUGGUCAACAAGUCCACCUGCCAAGGCUUCUGUUUCAACAUCCUCUGUAUAGGUGAGACUGGUAUUGGUAAGUCGACCCUGAUGGACACACUGUUCAACACUAACUUUGAGAACUGUGAGUCGUCCCACUUCGAGCCACAGGUGAAGCUGCGAGCCCAGACAUACGACCUGCAGGAGAGUAAUGUCAAACUCAGACUCACAGUAGUCAACACUGUUGGCUUUGGAGACCAGAUGAACAAACAGGACAGCUACCAGCCGGUGGUGGACUAUAUAGACCGUCAGUAUGAGACGUAUCUCCAGGAGGAGCUGAAGAUCAAGAGAAGCCUCCAUAACUACCACGACUCCCGGCUCCAUGCCUGUCUCUACUUCAUAUCGCCCUCCGGACACUCCCUCAAGUCCCUGGACCUACUCACUAUGAAGAAACUAGACAGCAAGGUGAACAUCAUCCCAGUGAUAGCCAAGGCGGACACCAUCUCUAAGAGUGAGCUGCACAAGUUUAAGCUCAAGAUAAUGAGUGAGCUGGUCAGUAACGGAGUUCAGAUCUACCAGUUCCCUCUGGACGAUGAGACUGUAGCCAAGGUUAACACUACCAUGAAUGGCCACCUGCCGUUUGCUGUAGUGGGUAGUACAGAGGAGAUGAUGGUUGGGAACAAAAUGGUGAAGGCUCGCCAGUACCCCUGGGGCGUAGUGCAAGUGGAGAACGAGAUUCACUGUGACUUUGUGAAACUGCGUGAAAUGCUGAUCUGUGUGAACAUGGAGGACCUGAGAGAGCAGACUCACACACGUCACUAUGAACUGUACCGCCGCUGCAAGCUAGAGGAGAUAGGCUUCAGAGACACAGACCCUGAGAGCAAACCUGUCAGCCUGCAGCAGACAUAUGAAGCAAAGCGUACAGAGUUUCUGGGGGAACUUCAGCGGCGAGAGGAGGAGAUGAGACAGCUGUUUGUCCAGAGAGUCAAAGAGAAGGAGGCUGAACUCAAAGAUGCUGAGAGAGGGCUGCAGGGAAGGUUUGAGCAGCUGAAGCGGUUGCAUGCGGAGGAGAGGGGUGCGUUGGAGGAGAAGAGACGAGUUCUAGAGGAGGAACAAAGUUCCUUCAGUAAGAGACGAGCUGCAGCCCAGCUACUGCAGGCUCAGAACCUUAAUGCUAACGGGAAGAAGGACAAGGACCGCAAGAACUCUGGGUUCAUGUGAAGAUCAGCGUGACUUGGAUCAAAACAACCACUGGCAUCUAGUCCUCUAUUCUGCCCUCGUUGGCUAGAUUCUGGCGCUAAAUAGAAAGUAAUUUCACAGAGCCUGCUAACUUCAAAUUUCUUACUUUAUAAAGAAAGGAACAAAAAAAUGCAUUUUAAAACUGACCGUACUGUCAACAGCCCAUAAGACAUCAGUCUUCAGAUGUAAGUUAUGAGGCUCACGUGUUGUUCCUGUUCGGUUUGCUUCAGUGUUUCUCCUAUGAUUUCUUUCAGCAUCGGUGGCAAAGUUAUUCGGGGGUGUGGCCAAUGGCGUGGUUUUAGAGGCCCUUUUGGCAUCAGAUAAUGUUGCUGUUUUAAAGUUAAUUUCCUGCAAUUCUACACAUUUUGCUAUGGCUUAUACCAUUUUAUGCAAUCUGUGUGACUCAAACAUUGUAACAAAAUCAAUGGGUGACCCAUGACAUGGAAUUUUACAUUCUCCCUGACUGUCAAGUUUAUUUUGAGUGUUAGUUCUCAAAGAUCUUAUUGAAGGGGAAACACUGCUUUGAUGUUCAGUGACAAAUAUGAAUGUUUGUUAUUUUAUACUUCCUUUUAGUUGCAUUUUGCUUUAUAUAUCCCUCUAUUAACCCCUGCCACUAUAGGUCACCAGUAGCCUUGCAGUUUUGCCAAUGAUUUCCCUUUUUACUUGCUUUACACUUUACUGACUGUUUCACUACCAUUUAUUAGUAAAAUAGGAUUCAUUGGGUUGUAGUUUAUUUACUAAUUGGAUGGGAUUUCUGUAAAUUUACACUUGUUAGGUAUAUUCAUUUUCCUUCUUAGGGAGAGUUUAACCAAUGAUUAUAUUCCAAAUGCCAAACUGAAACUCUUGAGUGCUUAAAGUCUUUGUGUGCCUUACAUGUGAUAUUUAUAUGGACUCACUAUAGACCAGCGCAGAUCAGGGUACUGUUUACACGAGUGAUGUCAUGUUUACAUGUUUUAACUACCCCAGUCAGACUCCUCUUCAUUCCACUGUCCCUUCACUCAUUUGGCAUGCAUUUGAUAAACCGUGUUAUUGGGGAAAGAUUUUAAUAUCUGUAACAAUUGUAUUUUUCAUAAGUUAUCUUUUAACCCAGUGUCCUAUGCAUUGUGUGCAAUUUUGUUCUCAGUUUUAAAUAAAUAAGUUGUCUAUGUAGUGAAGUUGACCUGCAGUAUUGUACAUUUUUCCAACAGUAUUUCUCAUUAUUUAUAUAAAAGCAGUUUAUAAAACUCA